GCAAGGACAAUCCUGCAGAUGAUGCAAGCCGUGGUCUUGACACUGAAGAAUAUCUCAAGAACCAACGCUGGCUUAAAGGACCAGAGUUUCUGUGGAAGACGAAAGAGAACUGGCCCGAGAACAAGUUYGAAGAAAUUAGCGUACAAGAUCUGGAAGUUAAGAAAGAAGCUUAUCUGACCGUACCUGAACGCAGAUCAUCUGUGGAGGAACUUACAAGGAGGUAUUCCAACUGGAUAGUACUCCUGCGCCGAGUUGCCUGGCUAGUCAAAUUCACCGAAUGGAUCAAGUCCCGACACGUGAAAGAGAAACGUAUUUCUACUGAAGACCUGCAGAACGCUAAAUUGAAGGUUGCUAGGAUCGUGCAACGUAAAGCCUUUUCCGAAGAAAUGCAGAGCCUCAAGAAGAAGAAACAAGUUCAAGGACACAGCCCCACAGCAAGUCUAAGCCCAAAGUUACAUGAYGAUGGUCUACUUCGUGUUGUUGGAAGAUUGGCUAAGGCACCAAUUUCCCAUGACGCAAUGCACCCAAAAUUUUGCCUCGGAAGAGUCACGUUACGACAAUCUUGA